AUGGGAUGUCUUAAGAAACUUAAGGAUAUAAAAAUUGGGAACCCUGAUAUUCCAUUAUGGCAAAAUAUUUUUACUAUGAUUUGUUUCUUUUGUUUUGGUCUUAACUUCCUUAUUUAUUAUAAUGCUGUAGUAAAUAUGGGUGAUUUACUUAGUGACGAAUUUGAUUAUUCCUUAGAUUUUAUGUCUACAUAUCCAAUUUUUUUGAAUUGGUAUAACUUCUUUAUUGCAUUUGGGUUAGUUCUUAUGGCUACUUUUAUGAAACGUUUCCCUUUUAAUUUUUUAGCCCACUUCUCUUUCAUUCUUUAUUUAAUUUUAUUUGUUUUAUCACCAAUUGUAUUAAAUUAUAUUAAGAGUGAUGUAGCUCGUUUUUGGGUGAUGAUUAUUAUUGUAAUUAUUGGUGGUACUCCAUGUCAAGUUAAUAGUAGUGUAUUUAUGUCAUUAGCAGGAUUAUUUUCACCAACACACAAUGCUAUUUUCUUGAUUGGUUCAUCUGCAGGAGGAAUUAUUUCUUCAUGCUUACGUCUUGCAUCAGGUGCUAUUUAUAAAAAUGAUCGUAAAAAUGAUUAUUUCUUAUCAUUUUAUUUAAACGUUAUUCCAGUUGUUGUUACCUAUCCUCUUUAUAACAUUAUGUAUUGUUGUAUCCCUCAUACUAAACGUGUUAUUCGUCAAAGUUAUGCUAAAUCUAGUACAACUGAACAACAAGAAAUUGAAAUGCAUGAAAGCAAAAGUGGUCCUAUACCAGACAACGUUGCAGCUGAAAAUGUUAACUCUGUUUCUGAUGAAAAUGACAAAAAUGAACUUCAAGAUCGUAAAGCACCAGAAAAUGCAGACCAUUCACCUCAUUCUGGAAGUGAUAUUUCAGAAGAAGAACAAAAAAUAAAUAAUACUGCUGAAGAUAAUACUAUUAAAGAAGUUAAUUCAGAACUUCCAACUGAAGAAGAACAUGAUACAAUAGGAAAACAACUUGUUAGAGUUCUUAAAACUAUUUGGGUAGAGUUGCUUUCAGUAACAAUAGAUUAUUUCUGGACAUUCUGUGUUUUUGCAGGUAUAUUUUUGGGUAUUCCUUAUGAUGAAUCAAAACUUGAGUUAAAUACAUCAUUACAAAUUAAUACAUUUAUGUUUAUGAUUGGUGAUGCUGUAGCACGUGUUUUGUAUAUGAUCCCAAUUCCUUGGAAUAGAUGGGUUAUCUUAGCUUGUUCUAUAGCACGUUGUGUAUUUUAUGUUCCAUUAUUUAUUUAUUAUUAUGAUGUGUAUACUAACCCAUUCUUAAUGUUCUUUAUUAUGCUAAUCUUUUCAACCACCCAUGGGUACUUUGCCUCUCAUGCUAUUCAAUUAGCUUUCACUCAUUCGCAAAUAAAGGAUAUGAAAAUGACAGCUAAUUUCUGUAAUCUUGGCCUUGAUUUGGGUCUUGCUCUUGGAGCAACUGGUCUUUUUAUUCUUAAUUAUAUCCUCCCUGAUCAAUAA